GCUUCCAACAAACCGGCCCUUCUUCCCCACAAAGCGAACAGCACCCUCCAGCCCUUCCGUCCCGCCAUGAAACAGACUCUGAGCGAACUGAUGAGGAUGAGCAGGAUAUGCCGGAUGGUUUUUGCCACUUGUUUGGGAUCCUUUAUUCUGGUCAUCUUUUAUUUCCAAAGUAUGUUCCAACCAGUCAUGCGGAGGAACCCCUUCGUGGUGGACGGCUGCUGUAGGAAAGGGUCUCGCAACGCCCUGCAGGAGCUCUACAACCCCUCACAGCCUGAGUUUUCUGGAGCCGCCGUCCUCCACGAGGCCAGGAGGGAUCAAGUAAUGGAUGCGUGUCGAGUCUACAGUGCGUCCAGCCGUAAGCGCAGAGUUCUGACCCCAGGAGACCUCAAACACCUUGUGGUGGAUGAAGAUCACGAGCUCAUCUACUGUUACGUCCCCAAAGUGGCCUGCACCAACUGGAAACGAGUUAUGAUGGUGCUCACAGGCCGGGGGAAAUACAGUGACCCAAUGGAAAUCCCUUCCAAUGAAGCCCAUGUUCCUUCUAACCUGAAGACACUGAACCAAUAUAGCAUCCCUGAGAUUAACCACCGCCUCAAGAACUACCUCAAGUUCCUCUUCGUUCGUGAACCGUUUGAGAGGCUGGUCUCUGCAUACCGCAACAAGUUCACCCUCAAGUACAACUCCUCCUUCCACAAGCGCUUUGGCACCCGCAUCGUACGACGCUACCGCAAGAACGCUACACAGGAUGCCCUGCUCAACGGCGCAGAUGUCAAAUUCAAGGAGUUUGCUGAGUACCUGGUGGAUCCCGCUACCCAACGUGAUGGCCCGCUCAACGAGCACUGGCAGACCGUCUACCAGCUUUGCCAUCCAUGUCACAUUCACUAUGACUUGGUGGGCAAAUAUGAAACACUGGAGGAGGACGCCAAUUACAUAUUGCGCUUGGUAGGCGUUGGCAACACCCUGCGCUUCCCAAGCUACGCCAAAUCCACUCGUACCACAGAUGCCAUGACAGCCCAGUUCUUCAGCAAUAUCAGCACUCAGCAGCAGCUCCAACUCUACCAGCUUUACAAGUUGGACUUCCUCAUGUUCAACUACUCCACACCCAGCUACCUGCGGCUGGACUAAUGGAGCGCAGAGCUGGGACUUUGGGAAAGGCUGCCUUGUUAAAUAAGACUGAACAAAAUGAUUGAAGGGCAGAAUUAUUUUGAAGCAAACUUGAUUUAAAACUGUGUCAUACCUUGUAAGUGUGGGGUCUUAAUUAGACAUAAAAACAGAUGCUGAAGAGAAAAAGAUGUUGCGUGCUUGUCUGAGCUUAAGAGGGAUGGUGUCCAAUUAAAUCUGCGUGACUCUCAGAGCACUGAUUGAAUGAGAAUGUGGGCUAAACAGACCAAACGCAUGCAAAGACUAAAUGUGUGGGUGAAGCAGGUCUUCAAGGUGUUUUAAAGGGGGAAUUUAUCCUCAGAGGAAGGACUUAAGAGGGAUUCUUCUGAUGAUGUUCCCUACAUGUUUAAACAAACUGCUGACAAAUUAGGUUGCUUCAGAUUCUGCAAAGCAAACAGCGGCCUCGCACGCGCCCUGACCCCAAUGCAUUGUGGGAGCAAAGCUUAUCUCCCCCUCCCUGUGAUCAAUAGAGAAACUCCGUCAAAUUGUAAAACACAUCUCAUGUCCUCCAUUGCACUGUCAGUGCAGUGUGUUUGUCAGUGGCCAUCACCCCUGCCCUCAUUAAAUUCAUAUAUUUCGGAGGGAAGCUGGUUUACUGCUGCCUAAAGGAUGACUUUGGUCAAAAAGCACGAUGGCACGGACUUCAGCGAACAACUCAAAUUAACAAAGUUCUGUCACUGUGUUUAAUCAGUGAUGGCAGAAGGGGCCUUUUGUGUUUCACCCUGAGGACCCUUCGAAACUGGAGACUCCUACUACAGCAGUGAAGUACAGAAUUAUUAAAUCCAUCAUCGCCUGCAACACCAAGCAUCCUUAACACUUUGGGCCCUAUCGAAUGGUCACAAAUGCACAGGAUGCUGUCACAGGAAUGGGCGCACCAAGAGCGAUUCAUGUGAAAGGAAAGAGACCGUCUGUGUGGUGGGUAGGGGUUAAAGGCACUGAAUUUGAACUUUCUGCAAUGCCAUACCCCAUCAUGCCUGCUAAAGACUCAGGAGCCACAGUCACAAAACUCCUGCUCUGACAAACCAAACGUGUUUUUCAGUAAAUUAAUAUUAUCCUUUUGUCUUCAUACUUAUUUUUGUUUUUAUUGUCUUAUAAAGCAUUGCUGCGAGCAGCAAUAACUAAAGAUUAUUUAAUUUGCUUUAUUAAUUAAAAUAAGAGAGAAACAUUUAAUGUUUUGUUUUUCUGGGCUGGUGAACAACUUAGGAAAUGUUAAAGUUGAACUGUUUUGUUUGUCAUUUCAUCCAUUACUUUCUUCAGAACUUGCCUCCGAUACAUUACAAGUGCAUCACAGAUUUCCAUUCUGAAGGGCGUAUUGUACACUUCAUGGCUUUGUCCUUUUGUGUCUGAGAUUUGUACAGAUUUAUGGGUUAUUUUUCCUGAUGUGAGACAUUUUGGUGCCAAAGUGGCUGAGAGAGCCACAGUCAGUGUUCAGUAUACAUUACCACCAUUAAGCAAAUUCGUCCGAAGAUUCUCUGUCCUCAGCUAAGCAUGAGAGUAGACGGCUACUCUCAGGGUACAUAUCAACAAUCUACUGCCCACAUCCAUCACAGAAUCACAGGCUGUAUCUAUUACUGUAAUGUGAUUAAUGUUAAAGAGAUGCUAAGCAAUGUCAAGGUUAAUAACUGCUCUCUCCAUCACGCUGUGAAUUGGAUUACAGGCUGUUGUGUAAGCAUUAUACAGGAGGAUGAGGGGGGGGUCGCAGAACAUUUAAACUGAAAAAAAGUCAUCUUGCUUUCUUUUUUACACAUACUUGUAAAUUCUAAAUCUGUCUAGUUUUUUUAAAGCACAUUUUGAUAAAGCUGCCUCUCUUUGAUGCACUAGGUUGAAUCAGUAAUAAUUGUUUUCUAAUGCCCACUCCCUCCUGCACAUGCAGCAUGGAGACUACUCUGUUAACUCUGUUAAAAAAGCCUGUGCAUAAACAAGGAGAUGCAGUCUGAAAGUUUGGUGUUUCCCAGCAAGGAGGGUGUUUAGAAAGAUCUGAAUGUGCUGCAGGAUUAUGGGAUAUGGUGAGUUUGGUGUUUAUGGACUCAACCUGAGUUUGAAAAUCAGGAUAUUAUAGGCUCUGUUGCUUCAGUUUUUACCAAAUCUAUCUUUCUUUCACAUGAACCUAGUGUGACUAUAUUGCCGUGCACAAAUACAGUUUUCCAAUACAGAAAAUGUACAAAAGUCAAUGUUGUAUUGGAUGACCUCUCUUUUUCUUCAAAAAUGUGAUAGUUUAUUGUUUAUUUGUCAGUACACCCUGCAGUUUCAGGCCAACUGCUUUGUACAUUUAAGUCCAGUGAGGAUCUCAUGUUUGUAAAACUGAAGUUGGUCACCAUAUCCUCAUAACUGUUAAAAGAGGUGAAGAGAAAAAGAAAUAGGAAUUGUGAAUAGAUAUUUCCUUGAGGAUCCAUUGUCGUGGAUGUUUUAGCUGCCAACUCCCUCUGUUUUUGAAGUAUUACUACUGUUCACGUAUGUGCUCGUGUACAUGUCUGUGUGUAUGUGGGAGAGUUAUAAUGAGAGAACAGCCUUAUUUUCCUUCUUUUUUUUUUAUCCCCACACAGACAUCUGGCUCUAAUAAAGGAGUACAAGCUACUGGUCUGGCCAGUGGUCCCAACCAUCAUCCUCCUGCAGAAACAAUGGCUGUAUUCUCAGCUCGGCCUCCUCCUGGGUCAACCACCCCAAAAUACACACAAACACUCACACUAAGGUUGCACAUUUGCACUCCUGCUGAUGCUGAUGCCACGCAGUCUCUUACUCAGCAGUAAGCAGAGGCAUAGCGGGCAGCACCUCUCCACUUUAACACACUGGCUGAGCCUCGGCUUAAACUGCUCAUUUAGCCCCAGAAUGGAAGACGAACGAUACACAAAGGACCUCUUAGCCUGCAAACAAGCUAUUACAGAGGCCUGUCUUCUCCUCGCUCCAUUUUCUCCACUCCCACCUCGUUCCAAAAGUGGCCUCGUGUAUAUAAAAACAGCAGCGAGUCAGUGUCAAUGAUCCCUACCGUCCCUGCAGGAAAAGGGCAGCACGCUUAAACAAACAGAGCUGCGAAAAAAUACCCAGUGGGACCCAGAGAACUCCAAGAGGCCCCAGCUGACUUUCUGCCUCCGAUAAAAACAAACGACCACAUUUAAAGCACUUUUGUCUCUAUUCUUAAAAUCCUGAGUCUGAAAAAUAUAUGCCUGCUCACUGCCUAGCUUUCUCGUACCGUGGGAGUGUUUAUAAUCAAGUCAAGCCAACAAGUAUAUUUAUGAUGUUUUCAACGACGUCUGUUAUUAGACUGAAGUAUAUUUUUUCCGUUUUGCUGAAAUUACAUCGUCACAUUUUUUUUCUCAAGGAUAAGUGGAUGCUUAUGUUUUUAUGGUUAUUUUAUUUAUGGACACAUUCACACAUUUUGUAUCGACAGUGAAGCAUUGGAGGUAAUUAUCACAUGCUACUGAUUAAAGAAAUAUUCAACAUCAUGGGAAUAUACUCUAUUUGUUAGAGAGCUCUCAUAGUGUAUUUAUAUCCCUCUGCUUCAGUCAACAGCAGUUAGCACAGAUUAGCAUAAAGACAUGAAUAUGGGGAAACAUCUGGCCCGGCACUUCUGAAGUUUCCCAAUUAGAUCAGUUUAUCACGUUUGCAUGCUGUGUGAUCAAGAGUAAUGCUAAGCUAAGCUAACAGGCUGCUAACUGUGGGUCCAAAUUUGACCAGUAAACAUAAAAGUAGAUCAGUCUGCAAGACACGUAUAGAUGACAAAGGAUCAUAAUUCUAUUUAUUUGGCUCCAGAAAUACAAAAUAUGAACAUAAAGAUGGGUGACAGAUUAAAGGAAUCAUGAGCCUCCGGACUAGCUCCAUUAUUCCUUGAUCAUGUUCUAUAAAUCUGUGAAAUGUACUGGAGUGAUGAACACCACUCCAAUAAAAGAUAUUCCCUCAUUUGGUGUUUUACUGAUCCCAUAGAAGGCUAUAAGACAUGAUUCACAUCAUUACCAUUCUCAUAAACCCAUUCAGUUCCCUAUGGAUGGAGGAAUUGGAGGUGAUCACUCCUAUCAGGUUUUUCCUUCCAAUGUCAUCCAUUUGUGUCUUUUACUCAGAUUAUUUAUGUAACAUGUUAUUUAUAUAGAAUCUCACAUCAUCAGCAUAGAGGGACAAAGCCUGGAAAAGUUUACUCACCUCUGUCUGUCCUUGGCUGUUUACUGGCUGAUGUUUAAUUUUGACAUAUCGCUCUCAAAGCAGAUGUUUUGUUACAGCGCAGACGUGAUGUCAUUCUUUAUGCUGUCGUUUUUGAGCUGUCAUGUGUGGAUUGUAUUUAAUAAUUACUUUUGUUGCCUAACAAACACAUACACGUAUCAUCAUCGAGCGGCACUUUUGUUUCUCCGUGCCUUCCAUUCACAGCAACACAGAGCCACUGAACAUCAUUAGAGCACCUUCUCUGUUCUUAGGUCAGGGUCACAUGGGCCUCCUACUACACUGUAACUCACACAUACAAUCUUCAUUCAGCUAACAGUGACUAUUAUUUCUGCUAGAAGAAUUAGUUUACAGUGUCAAACCCUCACUACAUUCCCUUCUAACAGAACAGAUGGUGGUGCCUCUCACUCAUUGUUUCACACAUUCUGCUGCUCUAAUUUAACAUCAAUAGAGCUUUGACAUAUUCAUUUUGAGUCAACUGUGUGGGAUUAUACAGUUGGGACAAUGGGUGAAUUUGCCAGACGAUUAUUCAGCACAAAUUGAAGGUGUUAUCAAGGGUCCAAACUUUCUCUAACUUAAUUAGAUUUAACCGAGGAGGAAGAAUAUUUAUCGUUACGUGCAGUAAAGCAGCGAAAAAAAACAUCAGAAAGAUAACAGGAAGGAUGUACAUGUGGUCUUUUCACACUUUUCACACUUUUACUCUUUUCUCAUGCUACAAAUGCCUCUGAUUUUUAGAAGCAUGCAAGCGUAAUACAUCCACACCCUCCAAUAUCACACAGUAGGAACCUUACAAAGGCCCAUGUGACUGAAGAGACACAUACAGAGCAGAGUGGAGCUCCUGGUUGGGAUCUCAGCUCAUGUUCAUAUACAAAUGUAGAUACAGCUAAAACUGUCAUUUCAAUAUAUGGAAACAGGUGCAUGUUUUAGUGAAAAUUGUACCCGUCUUACUCAGCGUCUCUUUUCUGGCCUUUGGAUGUGAUUGGAUUUGGAUUUGGAAGUAAUUUGUCAACGCAGGAAAGGACUUUAUCCAUUUAUCUGUGUAAUCAGAGGUAAAACUGAAAGUGGUCUAAUUAGAAUUAGUAAUUGAUCUGUUUACAUCACAAUGGGUAAUUAUUUAAUUGUUUGUUUUUUUUGUAUUUCACCUGAUAAACACCUGUUUUGUUUCCUUCUUGUCUAACUUUUCCUCCUCUUUGUGUCAGAUUACAAACCGAAGUUGAACCGAACAGGAAUAUCAAACAGAUCUGAGGUUAUUUUGUGAAUAAAAUUCCCCCGCAUUAGUUGAGUUCAUGGCCUCAGCUGGCCUGCCAGGUUUCUUAUGUCUCUGUGUUGCCCUGACAGCUUGCAUGUCCUCCUUCAGCAUGCAGAGGUCACAUGGCCUUUGAUCUGCUGCCAGAUGUCAUGGACGCUGUAACCUGUACAAUAAGGUGUGUAUGUGUGUGCGUGACCAUUUGACGAAUGAGUCCUAAAUCAGCCGUGUCUGUUACUAAACUUGUACUGCAUCAUUAGCAUUCUUUGCCGUUGUGUGUAUCGGAGUGCCUCAUGUGGUGUAUCAUGGGUGCUUAAGUGUGUGUGUGGACACUGUGCUGUAGCCGCUCUGCCUUAGAGGAACAUGUCUCCAAGGAAGGCGAGACUAUCACGCAAACAGGCGCCACUUAUUUAUUUAUUUAUUCUCAGACAACUACCCAUACUUCUUCCUUUCUAUCACCAUGGCAACUCACCUAAACUCUCCGUAUCUCUCUUUUCCUCCUGAGAUGUUGUCUCACUGUUCUGUUUUACUCAGUUCAUUUUCAGAGGUACUCAGUGAAAACCAUGAAUAAUUGACUGUGUACUGUACACUGAGUGUCGAUCUUACUGCGACCUGAAAGUUCAUCCUGUUUGACGGUUUCACAAUAAAAUAACACUGAAACUCGCCUCA